AUGGCGUCGUCUUCGGCAGACUCAGGUCUCAACCUCCAUACCCUCGCGAGCCGAGCCUACCACCACCCACUCUUCUGGUUCACCGCAGUCUUCAUAUUCCGCUACCUGCGCACCGUCGUCCACCUGAUCUCAUUCUGGUGCUAUCAGCCCGCUCCAAUUCCUAGGAAUCCCAAAUACAAGUCCCGAGACUGCAGUGUCAUUCUACCCACCGUCGACCCAAAGAAUCCAGAAUUCAAAGAAUGCAUCGAAAGCUGCCUACAGAACAACCCAAAAGAGAUCCUCAUCGUCACAGUCGGUAGCGAGAACAAAACACUCUGCAAGGCGGUCGCUCGCCACUACUCUUGGCAGUUCGACACACAUAUCACCGUCCACACAUGCCCGAUCGCCAACAAGCGUCAUCAAGUCGCCACAGCCAUUCCAAAAGCCAAGGGGAAAAUCACAGUCCUUCUUGACGACCACGUCAUAUGGCCUGGCAAAUUCCUCCCGACAGCGAUUGCACCCUUCGAAGACGAAAGAGUCGGAGCUGUGGGUACGAACAAACGCGUUCGUCGAACGGACACAGGCUUCAAUAUUCGAUCAUAUUGGAAUAUGCUAGGAGCGAUCUACCUCGAGCGGCACAACUUUGAGAUCCGGGCGACAAACACGAUCGAUGGGGGAGUUUUCGUUAUUUCUGGUCGUACGUCGCUUCAUCGGACACGGAUCCUGCAAUCGGAGGAGUUCUUGGAGGGCUUUACGAAUGAGCGCUUCUUCUUUGGUUUGUGCGGGCCACUGAAUCCUGAUGAUGACAACUAUAUUACCCGCUACGAGGUGAAGAAAGGCUGGGACAUUAAGAUUCAAUACUGUGAAGAUGCUUGUAUCGAGACUACACUGGGCACGUAUCCGAAGUUCGUCAGCCAAUGUUUGAGAUGGGUACGCACAACCUGGCGAAGCAACAGCUGUUCUCUGUUCACGGACCGUACAGUCUGGUAUCGACAGCCGUGGUGUGUCUACGCAGUAUACAUCUCGAGCUUCUUCAACUUCGCGCUCUUCAACGACUUCGGACUGGCCUAUCUCCUCCAUCGAUCUGGCUAUGGCACGACAGCAGCGUACUGGACGCUUGGAGUCUGGAUUGUUGCGACCAAGAUGAUAAAACUGACGCCUUACUUCCUUCGACAUCCCGAAGAUUUGAGAAUGUUGCCUGGCUACUUUGCUUUCGCGUACUUUCACAGUCUGGUGAAACUUUACGCGUUGUUCACGUUUUGGAAUUGUCAUUGGGGUGGGAGGAAUCUUGCUGCUAUCAACGACCCGAAGAAGACGGAUGAAUUCGGCCUCGACAGCGGAGAAGGCUUUAUCGUCCCCUACAGCCUCUUCGGCCGAAUGCACCACGACUACUACACCCAGAAGCAACGCAAAGCCUACUAA